UCCAUUCCAGGUCAGAAAUUGAGGCGUAUGUUGAGACAGGGACAUCAGAGUACAAGAAAUGGAAUCAAAUGAAAUCUGAUAUUUUAUUAUUUUUUUUAAUAGCUCAUGUUGCUUAUGAAAUAGUUAAUUUCACAACAGCGGCCACGCAGCAUUGAAGUACAUCCGGGUUAUUCCACUGACCUUGGGUUGUUUGUGAUAAUCAUGGCGGCUCUUAUCAGGAUAAGUUCAGUUUGCCACAGAGGUGUCAGGCCUCUCUUAUUUCGCUCUUCCUCCCUAAUCAGACCUUUGGCCAUACAGAAGGAUCAUGAUUGUCAGUACUUGGUCUCAGCAAAGAUACAUGCAACACCCGCUAACUACGAUUCUGGGUCCAAAGCUGCUUCCUUGCACUGGACAGGAGAGCGUGUCCUGAGUGCAAUUCUUCUGGGCAUGAUGCCUGUUGCAUAUUAUUUCCCAGUCCCUGCCGUUGACUACUCCUUAGCUGCUGCACUUACUCUACAUAGUCACUGGGGGAUUGGCCAAGUUUUGACUGACUACGUCCAUGGAGACUUCAAAGUCAAGGCAGCGAACGCCGGACUCUUCAUUUUGUCAACCGUCACCUUCGCUGGCCUUUGCUACUUCAACUACCAUGAUGUGGGGAUUUGUAAAGCUGUGGCUCUCUUGUGGAGUAAAUAACUGGACUGAGAUGUGGAUUGGGGGUUGGUUAGGGAUCUGCUUUCGACAUCCAGUCAAUUGUAUACAUUCAUGAUAUAUGUAAAUUCUAUAAAUAUAUAAUUUUUGACAAAAUAUCAUGUUCGCAAGUGUUUUUAAUUAUAAAUGCUGUCAGUUUGAAAAUCUCUACAUGUUGUCUAUUCUUAUGUAUGGCAAAUCAGUGUUUCUAAUGCAUCUGAAAGAAUUUGUGAAGAGUUUGCCAUUAUCUCUACAGUAAUAAUACCAAACAUGCAAACGGAGACCUUUACAAGGAAAGAAGGUAAUAUAUGUUUUGGCCAUAUUUUGCCAGCCAGUAUCUGAUUACUUAAGUGUAAAUUCAUGAAUUAUAUCUUUUGAUCAUGAGCACAUUGUUUGUACUGUGGUUGACAGGUAUUCAAAUGGUAAAUUGACGUUGUACACCCGUUUUUAGUAGCAGUCUUGACAAAUAAGAAUGGGUAAAUAUAUCAGGGGUUUGAACUUUUCACCCUCAUAAAGGUCUUCCAUGACUGACAUUAACGUGGACAAUUGACACAUUGACAGAAUUUCAGCUUCACAUUUCAAGAACUUGACAUGCCUUUAUAUCUGCACAAUUCAGUUUAUCAAUUGGAGUUUGUCAUUGAGCUGUGCAUUAACAGCAGUUUAAAUAAUUCCUAUAUUUUAAAUUGCUUUGAUGUACUUAAAACAGGCUUGCGACACUGAUUACAGUAAACGGUCAUCUCAUGUGGGUACUGAUGACUGAGUCCAAACUGUAAAAUGUAAGGUUAAAUAGAUAUGAAUUGAAUGGAUUUCUUGGGAUAUUUUUCUGGCUGUUGAAGGUUUUGAUGGGAUUUUGCAAAGGCUUGUUGUAAUCUUGUAUGUAUUUAUGCUCAGAAAUGAUCAAGUCUAGCUGUGCUUGUGUCUCUUUAAAGUGCUAUGGAGGUUUGUGUUAUAAAUCUGUAUUAAUAGAUUUUAAUUCAGAUCAAAGCAUUGCGUAACAUUGUGCACCUUAAGCCAUUUAAGAAUAAAUCUAGUUUAAUGGA